AUGUCUCGAUCAUUCCACUAUGAUGAUGCACUCUCUAAUGGCUCGGAUAGCAAUUUGAGGGAUAUCGAGUUGGCAGAUGAUAGUAAAUAUGUACUUCCUAAAAAAACAAAAUGGUCUCGGAAUAAAAAGAUUUGUGUGGGUAGUUUGCUAGGCUGUGGAUUGUGUUGUUUAAUUACAUGUAUUGUAAUUGCUAUUGCUAUUGCAAUUUAUUUAGGAAGAAAGAAUGUAAAUAUUUAUCCUACUCCUGAAUAUACAGCAUCAGAUGAUUUUUUACGUUUUCUUGUUGUUGGAGAUAUGGGACGUGCAGAUGAUGGUCAAAAGGCUGUUGCUGCCAGUAUGGGAAAGUUCUGUAAAACACAAAAAUGUCAUUUUGUAAUUGGUAUUGGUGAUAAUAUUUAUAAUUAUGGUGUUGAAAAUGUUAAUGAUGAACAAUUCAAGAGCAAGUUUGAAGAUAUUUAUAAUGUCGAUGGAAUUGAGGAUUUGAAAUGGCAUAUGCUUUUAGGAAAUCAUGAUUACAGAGGAAAUGUUCAAGCUCAAAUUGAUUAUACCAAGAUUAGUAAUCGUUGGGUUCUUCCUUCACAUUUUUACACACUAGUUAAGAAUUCUACAUUGAGUGGAUUUGAUGUUUCAAUGGUCAUGUUAGAUACAAGUCCAUUUGUUUCAUUCUGGACUGAUCCAUUAAUGAAGAGUUCUAAUUUAGAAUCUCAAUAUAAAAGAAAGCAAGAACAAUUGGACAUGUUAGAUGGGGUUUUAUCUACAAAUCAAGGAAAGAAUAAUUCUUGGACUUUAGUAUUUGGUCAUCAUCACAUUUAUUCUGGAGGUAUUGGUGGAAAUAGUAAGGAUAUGAUGAAUACCUUCUUGCCAUACAUGGAAAAGUAUCAAGUGCCAUUGUACACUUGUGGUCACGUACAUCUUCUCAAUUGGCUUAAAGAACCAGAACACAAGACAAAUUACAUUAUUUCAGGUGCUGGUAGUUCAAACAUCAUUCCAGAUGUUUACAAUCCAUUAUCUUUGAAUGUUUAUACUGCACCUGGAUUUUUCAGUGUUGAAGUUCAAAAGGAUUUCAUUUUCGUCACUGCAAUGGAUGAGAAUGGUAAAGAAAUUUUCAAGUUUAGAGUUGAUAAAUAAUGAUAUAAGUUCAAAAUC